AAUGGCCGUGUCCUUUAACCGGUACCUUAUCUUGCCGGAAAUCGAAAAAAGUGAACUAGAGGUUGACUCGAGAAAUAAGCGCGCGUACACGAAUAGAAAUUUAACAACAAAUUGGUUUGGUGGUCCGACAACCCCCGUGACUUCUGUGACCGUCCCUCUUUGCGUUUUGGGCGAGGUUCAAUUACGUUUUUUGUGUCCGGACGAUUUAGAAGAAGUUCGUGCACUUUGCCAAGAUUGGUUUCCCAUAGAUUAUCCAAAUUCAUGGUACGAAGAGAUAACAAGCUCUUCAAGAUUUUACGCGUUAGCUGCAGUAUAUGGUGGAGUAAUUAUAGGACUUAUUGUUGCUGAGAUUAAACCGUAUGUCAAGUUAAACGAAGAAGAUCGUGGAAUUCUGUGUCCUAGUCUAGGGAAAGAUUCUUUAGUUGGAUAUAUACUUAGUUUAGGAGUACGCCGUACAUAUAGAAGAAAUGGUAUUGCAUCAUUAUUAUUGGAGCAGUUAUUGGCACAUGUCACUGCUCCAGAACGUUCUUUAGUGAAAGCAGUUUUCUUACAUGUUCUAUCUAGCAAUGUGCCUGCUAUAUUGUUUUAUCAAAGGUGCCAUUUUCGAUUACACAGUUUUUUACCAUAUUAUUAUUACAUUCAUGGAAGGUGUAAAGAUGGCUUUACAUACGUUCUUUACGUCAAUGGUGGACAUGCACCAUGGGGUAUAUGGGAUUGGAUUCGACAUUUAGCCAGAGCGAUGGCUAGUCUUGGUCCAUGUAGAGUACCUCGAUGGAUUUGGCAACGGCUUUUAUGGGCUACCACUAUACUUUCUUAUCACAGAUGAUACAUCUUAUGAGGCUGUGAUAUAUCAAAAAAAUAUUAAGUUACAAUUAAAUUCACAUAAAAAUAUAUACUUAUAUAAAACUCCAAAUGCAAAUGAAUUUAAUAUAAAAAAAAAAAAAAAAAAAAAAAAAAAAAUAA